ACGUCGGUGUUUUGAUUCCCUCGUAAUGUUUUGAUAGAUUUUUUAAUAUGAGAAUGAAUCUAAAACUUUUUCUUUUUAAUUUUUGGGUAAUGUGUUCUUAUUUUGGCAAAUAAUGAGCUUUCGGCAAAUCUGUGUAAUCUAAGAAGCUGAAUCAAUCAACUUCUUUUUACUUGAGAGCUCUCUGAUUUGUUGCCCAAGCAAACAUCAAUUGAUCUUUACUUCUUUCAUCAACAACUCCACAAAGUUCAAAAUUGAGCUCAACCAAAUCAAAAUCGAGUCUCUUUUUUUUUUUUUUUAGUCAAAUUGAAAUCAACAUCGAAAUUGUGCUUUCUUCUUUGAUUCUUCCGUCUUUCGCAAUUUCAUCUUCCAGAUUAGUCUUUCUUGAAUUGGAGUUUUAACAGCUUCGUGAUGGACUUCGAAUCGUUUGAUAGCAGUGGAACAGAUGAUGAUCUGCCACCGUCGCAUAGGGUUCCACGAGGAGGAGGAGGAGGAGGACGUGUGUCUGUUAAUGGUAGACCUGCUAAUCUUCCUCCAUCUUACCCUAAAAUGUAUGACGCUGAUAUGGAAGCUCAGAUUCACCAGUUUGAGAAAGAAGCAUACAUCUCUAUUAUUAGAGCCUUUAAAGCUCAAGGAGAUGCUAUUUCAUGGGAAAAAGAAAGUGUAAUAACUGAACUACGUAAAGAGUUGAGUAUAGGGAAUGAGGACCAUAGAGAGCUUCUAGGUCGUGUUAACGCAGAUGAUACACUACAAAGGAUAAGGGAAUGGAGACAGUCUGGAGGAAUCCAACAAAGUAUGCGCAAUGCUGCUCAACUGGUUCACGAUACAUUGCCAUGCCCUUCUGUUUCAGCUUCUAUGAAGAAGCACAAACCAAACCAGCCUAUUCCUUCUCAACCAUUCUCCAGUCCGUCACCUUCUUUUCAUCCUCAAGCUGAUCCCACUCACCCCUUUGCUUCAUCGGCAGCUAAACGAGGAUCUGUUCCUAUUGUCAAGGGCAAAAAGCAUAAAUCAGUUUAUCCUGGUUCGUCUUCCGCAAAACCUGUCUCAUACAAUCCUUCAGAUCAACCUCCACGAGGACAAGUCAUGAACAGAUUACCAUCUGUUCCUACUAGUUCAAGUGAACCCACAAACGGAACCGAUCCUGAAUCUUUUAUAGGAAGAAGAGUUAAAACAAAGUGGCCUGAUGACAAUACAUUUUACGAUGCUGUCAUCACCAAGUAUAAUCCAGUUGAGGGUCGUCAUGCUUUAGUUUAUGACAUUGGAACACCUAAUGAGACAUGGGAAUGGGUUAAUCUCACAGAGAUAUCUCCUGGGGAUAUAGAGUGGAUAGGAGAGGAUCCUGGGGUUGGUAAUCGAUAUGGUUAUAAUGGACAAGGUCAUGGACUGAAUAGAACUACCGGACCCAACAGUGUUCCACAACGAGGAAGCAGUUUGGCGAAGAACACUAUCAGAAAGGAUUUCAGAACAUCACAAAAUGGAACUGGGAAGAAGAAACAUCACGAUAUACGGAUCCGUCAAACAAAUGUCCUAAUCAGAGAGGUGGAGAGAGUUCUUGGUGCACACAAUCCAGAUCCUCAAGAAGUUAAAAGGGCUAAGAGAAUUUUAGAGGAGCAAGAGCAUGCACUUGUGGGCGCCAUAGCAAAACUUGGAGAUAUUUCCGAUGGAGAAAACGAAGGUUCCUUUCGUCGAUAGCUUAUGCAUAAAUCAAGCCAUUUUGCCAAGGCACAGUGUCAUGUAAGGUCCACUGAGACUCUGAGAGCCGGUGAAGAAGAGAUCUAAGGUCAGAGUCUCAACUUAUGUAACCCUUUUUUUGGGUAUCUGACUGUAAUUUUUGCUGACACUAGGGGUCAGAGUUCUUGGUUUUGUUGGAUAUAUGUUCAAUUGAAUGGUUUCGGUAUCUGGUCUUUGUAGCUCUAGCUUUUGUAAGGGA